UCAAAAAAAAAGUUUUUCUGAAAAAUAUCAAUGUCUAAAAUGCAAAUUGAUGAGCAGAAGCCUUUGGACGUUGUAGAAGACCAUAUUGAUGAAGGAUUAUAUUCAAGACAAUUAUAUGUUCUGGGACAUGAGGCGAUGAGACGAAUGAGUAUAUCGAAUGUCUUAAUUAUUGGGCUAAAAGGACUUGGAUGCGAGAUAGCAAAAAAUGUAUGCCUUGCAGGAGUAAAAAGUAUUACGUUAUAUGAUCCUAGUCCGGUACAAAUAGAAGAUAUGUCAUCUCAGUGUUUUUUUAAAAAUAGAGAUAUUGGAAAGCCUAGAGAUCAGAUAUCAGUUCCAUAUCUUUCGGAAUUAAAUCGAUAUGUUUUGAUUAAUUUUUUGAAAGAGGAAUUGAAUUAUCAAGUUCUGGAGCGAUUUCAGGUUGUUAUAUUAACAGAGGCAUCGUUAAAAAGACAGAUAGAAAUAAAUGAUUAUACACAUGAACAUGGGAUAUACUUUAUUUCUACGGAUAUACGUGGAUUAUUUGGGUAUAUAUUUUGUGAUUUUUUGGAGGAUUUCUAUGUUUUUGAUACGAAUGGAGAAAAUCCAAUUAUGGGUAUUAUUUCAUCAAUUUCUCAAGAUGGAAUUGUUACAGUUCUUGAUGAAACAAGACAUGGACUUGAAGAUGGAGAUUGUGUGACAUUUAAGGAAAUAAAAGGGAUGGAGGCAUUAAAUAUGUCAUCACCGAGAAAGAUUCAGGUGAAAGGACCGUAUUCAUUUUCUAUAGGAAAUGUUGACGAUAUUGGGGAAUAUAAAGGUGGAGGAAUAUUUAUUCAAGUAAAAAUGUCGAAAAAAAUUCAAUUUAAAUCUCUUAGAGAAUCUAUUGCUUCACCAGAUUUCUUGAUAAAUGAUUAUUCUAAAUUAGACAGACCUUUGUUACUUCAUAUAGCAUUUCAAGCAUUAUAUUCAUUUUCAGAAGAAUAUAAGCGUCUUCCUAGGCCACGUAAUGAAGCAGAUGCAGAAAUUGUGUAUUCUAUUGCAAAAACUAUAUCUUCUAAAUAUUCAAAAGAAUUGAAAUUGGAUGAAAAAAUAAUUAAAGAAUUAGCAUACCAAGCUCGUGGGGAUCUUAAUCCUAUGGCAGCUGUUUUUGGGGGACUAGCAGCACAAGAAGCAUUAAAAGCUAUUAGUGGGAAAUUUACACCUAUCCAACAGUAUAUGUAUUUCGAUUCAUUAGAAAGUCUUCCAACUUCAUGCCAAUUAACAGAAGAAUCCUGUUCACCUAUUAAUUCUCGUUAUGAUGCUCAAAUUGCAGUGUUUGGCAAAGAUUUUCAGCAAAAAAUAUCAAACUUUAGAGAAUUUCUUGUAGGAACUGGAGCCAUUGGUUGUGAAAUGCUAAAAAAUUGGACUAUGAUGGGCCUUUCAACGGGUCCCAAAGGCAAUAUAUAUAUUACUGACAUGGAUACUAUUGAAAAAAGUAAUCUUAACAGACAAUUUCUUUUCAAAUCAAAAGAUGUUGGAAAGCUUAAAUCAGAAUGUGCAGCUGCUGCAGUGAUUCAAAUGAAUCCAGAAAUUACAGGAAAAAUUAUAACAUAUACAGAAAGAGUUGGCCCAGAAACUGAAAAUCUUUUUGAUGCAGACUUUUUUGAGUCAUUAGAUGGUGUUACAAAUGCAUUAGAUAACGUUAAUACCAGGAUAUAUAUAGAUCAAAAAUGUAUUUUUUACAGAAAACCUCUUUUAGAAUCAGGAACAUUAGGAACUAAAGGAAAUAUUCAAGUUAUUUAUCCAUAUUUAACAGAAUCAUAUAGUUCAUCUAGAGAUCCCUCAGAAAAAUCAUUUCCUAUAUGUACUAUAAAAAAUUUCCCAAAUCAAAUUGAACAUACUAUUGCUUGGGCUAGAAAUCUUUUUGAAGAAUAUUUCAGACAGCCAGCAGAAAAUGUUAAUUUAUAUCUUAGUCAGCCUAAUUUUAUUCAAGAAUUAUUAAAACAAAAUGGAAAUCAAAAAGAUAUUUUAGAAAUAAUACAAAGCUACCUUGUAGCAUCUAAGCCAUUGACUUUUGAGGAAUGUAUUGUUUGGGCACGAUUGGAAUUUGAGAAGAAAUUUAAUAAUGAUAUACAACAACUUUUGUUUAAUUUCCCAAGAGACUCGAUUACUUCAAACGGGAUACCAUUCUGGUCUGGUCCUAAGAGAGUUCCUACUCCACUUAUAUUUGAUAUAAAUGAUGAACAACAUUUAGCCUUUAUUAUUGCAGGCGCCAAUUUGCAUGCCUUUAAUUAUGGACUUAAAGGUGAAGUAGACAGAGGAAUUUAUAAGAGAGUUUUAGAUAAUAUAAUAGUGCCAGAUUUUUCACCAAAAGCUGGCAUAAAAAUACAAGAAACUGAUUCUGAUCCUAAUAUUGAGACAGGAACUAGGGCUGAUUCUAGCGAACUAAAUAAUCUUAUUAAUUGUUUACCUCCUCCAUCAACUUUAGCCGGUUAUAGACUCAAUCCUGUUAUCUUUGAAAAAGAUGAUGACACAAAUUACCAUAUAGACUUUAUUACUGCUGCAUCUAAUCUUCGAGCAUUGAAUUAUGGAAUAGAGACAACAUCUCGCUACAAUACAAAACUUAUUGCGGGAAAGAUCAUUCCAGCCAUUGCUACUACAACUGCUCUGGUCGCAGGUCUUGUUUGCUUGGAGUUAUAUAAAAUAAUUGAUGAGAAAAAUAAACUAGAAGACUACAGGAAUUCAUUUUUAAAUCUUGCAUUACCAUUUAUUGCGUUUUCUGAACCAAUUGCAUCUCCUAAACUUAAGUAUAAUAAUAAAGAAGUGUCUCAAAUAUGGGAAAGAUUUGAUAUUUAUGGAGAUAUUACUCUCCAAGAACUUCUUCAUCAUUUUAAAAAUAACGAAGGACUUACAAUUACAAUGUUAUCUAGUGGUGUAAGUCUUCUUUAUGCAUCAUUUUUUCCUGAAAAAAAAUAUCAAGAAAGACAAUCAUUGAGAUUAACACAACUUAUUGAACUUGUUUCAAAAAAACCUGUUUUAGAAAAUAAAAAGACAAUUCUUUUGGAAAUUUGUGCAGAUGAUGAACAAGGAGAAGAUGUAGAAGUUCCUUAUAUUUGCGUUCAUCUGAAAUCAUAAUACACAUCUAAUAUCAAUACUACUCUAUACUUU